GAGGGCCCGCCUGCGGGCGGCCUACUUCGACCCGCUCGAGCGAGUCCGCCUGCGGGCAGGCAGCCGCCGCUGGUGGUGGCUGCACCCAGAGGCCCUCGGCACCAUCUCGCGCUCGCUGGGCACCGACAAGUUCGCCCUCGUGGACGGGCUGCUGCCUGAGAGCGAGGUGGAUGCGCUCGGCGAGUCGGCGAGGCGGCUGUUUGCGCUGCGGCAGAUGCGCGCGGGCGUGGACGAGCAGCAGGGCGGCCACGGCGGCUACUGGGGCACGGGCAACGAGGGGGACUUCCAGAACCGGCGCGGGCCGGAGCGCCAGUGGGCGAUGGAGGGGGACUACCGUGCGUGGAUAGGCGGCGACGACCAGCCGAGCAGCAGAGCUGCGGCCCUUCACCUCUGCCCUCGACGCGCUGCUGGCCGCGCUCGGGGGCGGCGGCGCCGCGGGCGGAGACGCGUCGGUGGCCGAGCGGAUCGGCCGCAUCCACUUCCGCGAGAGGUCAACCCGAACCAUGGUGGCGUGCUACCCUGGCGAGGCCCGCGGAAGGUACCUGCGCCACUGCGACACGGGGCGGGGGGCCGCCCUGACGGCCAUACUGUACCUCAACCGCGGCUGGUCUGCCGAGGACGGCGGGCAGCUGCGCCUCUACGAGGAGGGGUUCCACAACACGCAGGUCAGGGCGGACGUGGCCCCCCUGGCUGGCCGCCUGCUGCUAUUCUGGGCGACCGAGGAGUGCCCGCACGAGGUGCUGCCGGCGCGGCGCGACCGCUUCGCCAUGACCAUCUGGUGCCGCGACACGGCCAGAUGGACGCGGCCGGGCUGGCCGACGCGGUGCUCCGAUGCUCCGCGGUGGCGCCGCUGAGCCUGGAGGGGGCCGCGGCGGCCGCUUCGCUGGUGUUCGCCGAUGGCGGGGAGCAGCCUCUUGGGGGAGCAGACGGCAUCCGGCGCCGGUCUCGGCCGGCAGCGCCGAGCGGAGGGCCUCCUCCUCCGCCUCCGCUCACCUCCCCUCGGGGAAGACGGGGCGGCAUCGGCAGAG